UGUACGUUGUCUGUGUCUCUCUGUACAACGAAACCGACAGAAGCAUUAUAUAUUUCGAAAUGAUAACGGAAAGAUUACACAUAUUUAAGGAACCAGAACCACUGAUUAAAGAUCAGUUUGAAAUAAAUGACGAUGGCGAGGAAUCCACUGAUGAAGAAAGUGUAGAAGAAUCUGAUGAGGAGUAUGAAGAAGAGUCUAAUGAGGAGUAUGAAGAUAUACCGCCUCUGCUGGAGGAAGAUGUCAACAAUGCUGAACUGGAUCCCAGUUCUUCCACCAAUGACUGGCUGCCACCAAUAGACAAAGAAUCCGUAAAGUUUAUUGCGUACACCACAUAUUUGGACGAUAAUGGCGUAAUAUACAUGGUUGACGAUAUAAACAGUGAAUCAAGUAUAAAUAUUAAGGCAUCACUCGCCGCUUAUUAUUCGAAUUACGACGUUAACAGAAUAAUUAAUAAUUGGCGGGUGGGAGAGUCGUGCGUAGCUUACGACAGCUUAAAAAACGAAUACGUAAGGACAAGAAUUUUAGAAGUCGAUGAAGAACAUAAGAUGUGUUCUGUUCGGUACGUCGAUUAUGGCACCAGACUACGAUUUCCUUUUGAAAGUCUACGAAAGGGUACGCCGACGCAUGACAUACCUAGCCUUGCGUACCCAUGUCUUUUAUAUAAUACAAUGCCUAUAGGAGGAGUAUGGACUAAAGAGGCAUUGGAUUGUAUCCAUGAAGACAUAAUGAAUUCACAAUGCGAGGUAACCGUAAUCGAAUUUCAAAAUGAUACUUUAUUAGUUGAUCUUCUAGUUAAUAAUUUGUGGAUGCCCAUCAAUCUACCAUAUAAAUUAUUUAGACGUAUUUAUUGCCCGUGUCCACUCCAUGCUUGGCGUCCGGACCAUCGCGAAACUUGUCCAUGUGACGAGAUGGUCAAUAGUGAGAGUUAUUUUAUGGAAUAUCUUAUGUGUGAAUGUGAUGUAUGUAGUAAUAAAAGAAAAGUUAAUGCCUAGGUUCAAUCUGGUAUUAACUUUUCAAUGCAAUAAAUAAUUAUAAAAUAAUCAUACUC